AUGUCUAGGAACGGGGUCCCGCCGAGGCUCCAGCAGUUCUACCCGGUGGAUGAGAGACCGAGCCCGGACAGGCAGAGCCCGUACCAGCGUCUGGCCAGGCAGAUGCAGGAUAUCCUGGGGGACGGUGGGGUGUUGAAGGAGGUGAUCAGGGAAGGGGAGGGGCCCCUGGUCCCGGAGAAUGCAUCAGUAGCAAUUCAUUAUUCAGGUUACCUUGAAUAUGCAGACAGACCUUUCGAUACCAACUGCUACGUGAAGUUCCCUCGGCUGAUGAAGCUUGGAAAAGAUGUGACGUUGUGGGGCCUGGAGGUGGGUUUGCUCACGAUGAAGAAGGGAGAGUUCUCCCGAUUCCUCUUCCUCCCCAGGUAUGCGUACGGGAGGAUGGGCUGCCCGCCAUUGACGCCCCCCAGCGCCACGGUGCUGUUCGAGGUGCAGCUCAUUGACUUCCUGGACUCUGCAGAGGUCGAUGACUUCUUCUCCAGGACUCCAGAUGAGCAGAGUGAGGUCCCCCUGCCCAGACUGCUGAAAGUGGUGGAUACAGAACGAGGCUUCGGCAACAGGCUUUUCAAUCAGAGGCAUUACGAAGACGCCAAGGACCGAUACAAGCAGGCGGUGACGCUGUUGAAGAACCGGGAGCCAGUGGACGAGGCGCAGAAGAGGGACAUUGAGGCGCUGAAGCUGCCAUUUUUCCUGAACCUGUCCCUGACGCUCCUGCGCCUGGAGCAGCCUGCCAAGGCCUUGGCCUACGGGAAGAAGGCCCUGGAGAUCGAUGCCCGCAAUGCCAAGGCUCUGUUCCGCUGUGGGCAGGCUUGUUUUGAGUUGGGAGAUUAUGAAAAGGCCAGACAUUUCCUAGUGAUGGCUCAAGCAGAAAAACCCUUUGAUACAGAUAUCAACAACCAGCUGAAGAAAUUGGCUAGUCAUUACAGACACUACACUGAGAGGGAGAAAGAGAUGUGCACCAAGAUGUUUGCAGACUUCCAUGCAUCGGAGAAGUGA